AUGACACCUAUUUUAAACAACAGAUUAUUCUUUCUUAUAUUAUUUUUCAUAAUAAUCAAUACAAUUAAUGGCUAUUAUACAAAUCAACGUAUCGAUAUAGAAGAUCAAUCGACUAUUGAUAAUGAUUUAGCAUUACAUAAUAGAAUUGAUAUAAGAAGUGUUCUUUGGCCUAAAAUUUGUUUUAAAACAUUAUUGAAAAGAAACUACAAUGAAUAUCCGUAUGGUGAUUAUCAACAGCAUGAAUAUUACAAACAUAUUAUAAAACGUAGUCCACGAAAAUGUUAUCCGUUUGAUACAGUAUAA